AUUUCAAUUCAACAUUUUCUAAAUGGUAGAGACAUAUUUGGAGAUUAAAAAGAAGGCCAAAUACAUUUGUAUAGCCAAAACUUUGACGAUUUUGUCAAAUAUAGCCAUUUUUGGAAAUACCAAUAAUAGCCAGAAAUUUGAAAGUUUGAUGACAAUAAUAGCCAUUUCCGUUACAUAGUUUGACGGCGUUAGUGACACCAUUAGUCAAAUUAACGGAACGAUGAUCUGCCUGCCAACUCAUCUAACACAUCAUUGACAACUCACCAAUACUUGCCACAUAUACGUGACACGUCAGAUUUUAUUUUAAAAUAUUUAUAUAGUUCAUUAACAAAAAAAUCAUUUAUAAAAAAAAAAAAUCCAAAGAAUUGCCCCGCUUCCCCUCACCGUCCUCCAUCCUUGUUUCCCCCGCCGUCAACCAAAACUCCUUCAUUCAAACCCACCAUGAUUAACGCCCAAUCAUGAAUCUGCAACCCUCCAUGAAACUGCAAACAAAAAUCAUCAAUCCACAAAACCAGAUUCAAUUCCCCCAUUCAUCUCUCACCGCCUCCCCCGCGCCGCUGUCGUCGAUAGGAACUAUUCCUCAUCCACUAGAUCUACAUCGGCCGCAACCCUCUUUUUCACCCGCCGUUUCCCAGCGACACCAAAGAUGGAAGUCAUUGCUAUCGGCUGCGCAAUCGGCGCCGCCGAUAUGACCCAGUGAAUGGUGAUGGCCAUGGAUGCGAUUGGGAGAUGUCAGUCGCUUCCAUUUUUGGUAGGCGACUUUGAUGUGUUGCCUUCUCCCUCUUCACAAACCAACCAUCAUCGAUCUUCUUCACAAACCCCUCCAGCCCAUUUCUUCAAUCGCUCCAGUUGGAGAAAUAGGGUUCCAUCUCAGAUCUGGCUAUGACUAAUGACGACUGCUUCCAAUAUGGUGGCGGCGAGAUCGAGAGACGAAGAGAGGCGGCGGCUGAUCCUUCUUCUCUAUUUCACUCGACCAAUCGCCUCCUCCGCCCCCUCAGUCGCACAAUCUCCACCUCCACCGAGCCCCUCGUAAUCAAAACAUUCACCGCCUACCCAAAAUGCCAUCUAAUCAUUCUUUCUUCUUUCAAUUCCAUCCCUCUCCAACUCCCUCAAGUCGCCGGCCACUCAUAUCCACCACAAAUCUCCAUCGCAAGAAGGGCUGCUCGAGCGGCGGAAACAGAGGAGGCUCGUCAGGCUUCUAUGAGGCGGCGGCGGAGGAGGUGAGAGGAGGAGCCGCCUCGACGAGUCAGGUAACUCUAUUAAGCUCGAGGAAGGCUUAUCUCGGCGUCAAGGAAGGAAACGCCAGCAUUUGGAAGGAGAUUAAGGCGGUGGUGGUGAUUGCAGAAGAGGAAGUUUCUGGGAGCUUCAGGGAAGUAUUGAUGAAGGGGAAGUGAACAGGCAGUGGUGGAGAGAAGAGAUUUGUUAUUUUUGUUUAAUUUGAUUAAAACAAAAGGAUAAAAUGUUAAUUAUUUUUCACCUAAUAAUAUUUUUGAAUAAAAUAUGUCACGUCAACUGAUGCAGUUAGUCAGUCAGCACGUUAAUUAACACCGUCAAACAAUUGGACGGAAGUGGCUAUUUUUGGUAUUUCGCCAAAAGUGGCUAUGUUUGACAAAACAAUCAAAGUUUUGGCUACCCAAGUGUAUUUGACCUAAAAAAGAAUGAAAUCUCGCACAAAAAACAUGGAUGAAUUCCGAACCACUGUCUCAUAUACAGCUGUGUGCAUGUAGCUAGCGAGUUGUGUUUGGCUUUUCCCGAGCCACAUGAUAGAAAUGGUCCGCAUCUACUCCAUCAUCCGCUAGUUAGAAAAAGAAAAAACCGCUCCCAUAUGAAAAAAAAAAAAAACAUUCUUUUAGUUUAGUUUGGGUUUCAUUUGGAGAAUGAAAGGCUGAAUCUCUA